CUCGAACUUUCUAGGACGUACGUUUUGCACAUCCCAUUCGCAGCAUGAUUCAUUGUGAUACCCCUUCUAGGCUUUCCGAAUUAUCUUUUGCUCGCUCAAUACAGUUUCUCCCAUCGCAAUCAUGAGUCUAUUAGCACCAGGGCUGCCCUUGAAGGCGCCCAUCCCCCUUCGAGCAGUGACUGCGUCGCGGGCAUGUCACAACUUCAAUUCCGAGAACUCGCUUUCAAAAGCGUCGCAGAGAACAACGAGGAGAUCUUUUUCCUUGCACACAGGAUGGAGAGGUCAUGAGCAAUCCUCAAGGGCGCAUCUUCGCAGCCAACGCCUAAAUCAGCACCGGGCUCCUUCGAUAGCGCAGAGCCGUCUUUUCCACGCAUCACCCCAGCCACGAGCAAUAUCAGAUCCGUAUAAAAUUCUCGGUGUGGGCAAAGACGCAUCGGCAAGCGACAUCAAGAAGGCAUACUAUGGGCUGGCAAAGAAGUAUCAUCCAGAUACCAAUAAAGAUCCGUCGGCCAAGGACAAGUUCACGGAAGCCCAAGCAGCUUACGAAUUGCUUUCUGACCCCAAAAAGAGGGAGGCAUACGACAAUUAUGGCUCAUCAGCGUUUGACGCGAACGGUGGAUUCGAUCCAAACGCAGGCGCCAGUGCCGGAAACCCUUUCGGCCCGGGAGGACCUUUUGCGGGUUUUGGCGGGGCAGCAGGGGCAGGAGGUUUUGGUGGAGGGUUUGCCGGAGGAUUUAAUUUCGAUGAUUUAUUCGGAGCAUUUACAGGUGGCGCAAGGAGAGGACCUCGAGGAACUUCGCGGGGCCCGCAAGAGUACGUUGCUGUUGGUGAUAAUAUCGAUGUGCAAGCGAACAUAUCCUUCAUGGAUGCUGCAAAAGGCACCACCAAAGAAAUUUUCAUCACACCUCUGGCGCAAUGCGGAACUUGUAAGGGCUCUGGUCUUAAACCAGGUGUGAAGAAGGACAAAUGCAUGACUUGCGAUGGCACAGGCACACAGGUUCACUUCAUGCAGCAGGGCUUCCAGAUGGCGUCUACAUGUAGUUCUUGCGGUGGUUCUGGUGUCACUGUACCUCGCGGCAGCGAAUGCGGAACCUGUCACGGUGAUGGCGCAGUGCGACAAAGACGCUCCGUUACUGUCGAUAUUCCUGGCGGAGUUGAAGAUGGCAUGCGCCUAAAAGUCGCACAGGAAGGAGAUUACCCUCUCACUGGUCAAGUUGGAACACAAGACAAGAUUCGCGCCAUGAAGGGCGACCUCUACGUUCAUAUUCGGGUAGCUCCUGAUCCCAAAUUUUCGCGAUUAGGCUCCGAUAUUCUGUAUACCGCUGCAAUUCCUCUUACAACGGCUAUUCUGGGCGGCGAAAUUCAAGUUCCGACACUCGAUGGCAAUGUACGUGUACGAGUUCCAACGGGUACGGGCUCUGGGGAGAAGAUUGUGCUCAAUGGUAUGGGCAUGACGAAGAUUGGUCAUAGACGUGGGGCAAAAGGAGAUUUACGAGUGGAAUUCAAAGUUCAAAUGCCCAAGUAUCUGUCUGCUAAUCAGCGUGCUAUUGUAGAAAUGCUGGCAGAUGAGAUGGGUGACAAGACAGCAAAGCGGACAAUGAUCACCAAGGAAAAGAGCAAUGCUGCAAACGAUGUCAAGGACAAGGUGGAGAAGGAAAAGCAUAAAAACGAGGGCUUCCUAAAGAGUGCAUGGCACACUCUCACAGGACAGCAUGAUCACUUGAAAAAUGAGGACAAAGAGUCAAAGGAGUCAGAAGAUGAACCGAAGAAGGCAUCAGGAUCUGGAUAAUGACGAUGCCUCCACCUCGCCUCUCUUGAAGUUGUGUAUUAUGUAAAAGGUUAUACCAACGAAGUUUUCUUUGCAUAGAAUUGGAUACUGUAGCAUCAUCGCGGGCAAUUAAAUCUUGCACGAUUGGGCUUGCUCGAUAAAUACUGGACACUUUUUGAGAGAUUUGGGUAGAUGUACAGAGCUAUAGGCAGACCAUUAGCAUUGUAAUACAUCAUCUCUGCUCAAGCCAAC